AUGAAUCAAGAUUAAUUAGACAAUGAAGAAGAUCCAUAGUAAUAAUUUUUGGAAGUACUUUAUUAAAAUAGGAUAAAUUAGGCUUUUAAAGAGCUAUUAGAAGUUUAAAAUUAGAGGAUGUAUAAUGGAAAUGAUAUGUUAAAUUAGUAUUGCCCUCAAUUAUAAUACCCUGUGAUUUUACCUACUUAAAUUCCAAACACUUUUAUUGUACUUUAGCAUUGAAUUAGUUUAGAUCAACAUGGGUCCCUACUAUCCUCAUAUCUAGUAACCAUAAUUACAUCCAUAACAGACACAAUAACCUAGAUUAGCACCAUAAACUUUAUAAAAUUAAUAACAUAAUAAUUAGAGCAUUAAAGAAGAAGAACAUGAUGAUAAUAAAUAAUCUAGGAAUUGGCUAUAAUAGAGAAAAUGA